AUGGCCGUCCUGCUACGGAGCGCGCCGGCGGUGCUGCUGAGUCUGACGCUGCUGCUGACCGCAGCGGCCGGCUACCCCGACGUGCAGUCCCGCCCGCUGGUCGCCACGCGAGAGGGCAUCGUCAGGGGCGUGGCGCGGCGCAGUGCCGCCGGCGGCCUCUUCUUCGGCUUCAAGGGGAUCCCGUACGCGCGCGCGCCGCUCGGGCCACUCCGCUUUCAGCCGCCGCAACGCCACCCGGGCUGGGCGGACGUGCUGGACGGCCUCAAGCACGGCAGCACAUGUCUGCAGUACAACGCCUUUAAGAACAACAGUCUGGAGGGCGACGAGGACUGCUUGUUCGCCAACGUGUACACGCCGCAGCUGCCGGCGCUGGAGAGAGCCGUUGGCGGUUUGCCAGUCAUGGUCUUCAUCCACGGCGGUGGCUUCACGAUGGGCAGCGGAGACGAGGAGAUAUACGGACCGAACUAUUUCAUGGACGAGGCUGUGGUGCUGGUGACCUUCAACUACCGACUGGGACUGUUCGGAUUCUUCACGGCACACGAUAAGAGCGCUCCCGGCAACUACGGUCUGCUGGACCAGGUGAUGCUGCUGCAGUGGGUCCGGGAUAAUAUCGCCAGAUUCGGCGGAGACCCUGCUGUGGUGACCGUUUUCGGCACGUCAGCGGGAGGGGCCAGUGUCUCGCUUUUGGUGCUGAGCCCCCUGGCGAAAGGCCUGUUCCACCACGCCAUCAGCCAGUCAGGUACGGCAUUGGCAAACUUUGCAGCAGGUGGCAAGGCGAAGGAUUUCACUCAGAAGUUUGCAGAGCUGCUCAACUGCUCUGCCGACGAUGUUUCCAUCAUGGUUGAAUGCGUAAGGAACGCCCCCUCCGAGGAUCUCAUGGAGGCCAAAAAGAAAGUAAGCCUGCAGGAGGCGCUUUUUCAUCCACGGGUGGACAACGAAUCGGAAUCGCCGCUGCUGCCGAAGGAUCCGCGUUAUAUCAUCAAGAAUGGGGAAUUCAACCUGGUUCCAUGGAUGAACGGCAUUGCGGAAGAGGAAGGAGCACUAGGACCUGGUCGCCUCUCCGCCGCCGAGCUGUUUGGAAUUGAUGCACCGUACAUGGGUCCCUCGCACAUCGAUGACUUGGUGUAUCUGUUCAGCAACGCAAAGCAGGCAGCGUACCCGGCCGACUCGCCGACCUACACCAUGAUCCGCUUCAUGGUGAGCCUGUGGACGAGCUUCGCUCGCACCGGUCGGCCCAGCUCAACCGUCCUGCCGACGCCCGACUGGCCCGUCUUCACCGAGCACAGCCAGCGCCAUAUGCGGCUCAAUGCGGAGCCCUCAGUCGAGGAGCGGCUGUUCGAGGAGCGCGUGCGCCUCUGGCAGGGCGUCCGCAUGAACGAGGCCUGGCGGCACGAAGUGCAGACCAGCUGUCCGCUGGCCGGGGCUGAGUACGAAGCGCGCAGGCGGCGCUCGGCCCCCUGA